AUGGAAGAAACAGAUAACUCGCCCAACUGUGUCAUCUCUCAGGAGAGGUUCUCCCUGGCAACAGUGUACAGGUGUCAGGUCGCCGGAUGCGGUGCUCGAUUUCGGAAGGCAGCACAUCUUCGGCGACACGCAGCUGUCCAUACCGAAGAGGCAAGUAAAAAGUCCCGUUUCAUCGAGAAAGACGAACAUCUUCGUCGGCACAUAACGAUACGCCAUCGCGGAGACGGCCGGAUGCUUCCAAACGGGAUGCAUUGCGCAACAGACCUGUCCAGCCCUCCGUCUAGUCCCUCUUGUCGAAACCCAUUAACUGAAGUUUCGACUGAACAGACUCACAGCCCUCUCCCCUGUUCUCCAGGCGCCAUUUGUAGGCGAGGAGACGGCAAACGCGAAAGCCCGCUACGGAGCCAAGGGAAAGCUGAGGCAGCAGAGGAGACAGGCACCGACGCGGGGCAUUUGCCGCAUGAGGCGUGCUGGGGUGACAACAAGCCGACACAUGAGACAGAAUCCGAAGCAACACGGAAAAGUCUCUACGAAUCGGAGGAGCCACGUGAAAACCACGUGGACACUCGCGCGCUUCCGGCAGCGAAUGGAUCUUGCUUGACGGACGCCGCACGGGAGUCAGUUGCCCGGCCGUUCGCCUGUGACAAAUGUGGCAAAUCUUUCACUCUAAAACAACACCUUCGACGCCACGAGAAAAGCCAUGUGGGGCGUCAUACGUGUGAGCAAUGCGGCGCAGUUUUCGCAAAGAAACAUCAAAUGCGAUGGCACGUGCUGGAGCACGUAAUGACAGAGAGUGCUCGGAGGAAAGGGGAGAAGGCAGAGGCAAUGAAAGGCGUCGCGGAACAACGCGGCUCCGCCGAUGCUGUCGAAAACGGGCAGAAGGAAGAGUCUCUCUCCCCAACGACGUCGGAAAAGCUGAUUCAUCCUAAAGCCGACGAACUACUUCAGACAGCGGGAUUUCCCUGCCCUCAUAAGGACUGUGACAUGGUCUUCCUCACGCGUGGUCAGCUGUACAGACACCUGAGAAGAGUUCGAGAAAGUACGAUUGCCCCGCAACAAGUGGAACGGACAAUACAGUUCGAAAACGAUGACCUGCGACUGCGAUCCUGUGACUACACUUGCGAGAAAUGUUCGGAGACAUUUGUUCGAUUCUCAUCGCUCGUGGCGCACCGACGUGAUGCCCACCCAACAAACGUUCACGUCUGCGAAACUUGCAACAAGCGUUACUCAAGGCUCUCCCGUCUUCGAGAGCACAUAAGGGUAGGACAUCUCCAGAAUACCCGCUGUUUCUUUCCACACGAACCCGUAACUCCAGGGGGGGACAGAGCCAAAAAAAAGCCAACAAAUACCUCUCUUCUGGAAUAG